UGCCUUCAAGUACGCUUCGUAAAUAUCGCUACGCAAGCAUACAUGUUUCCCAUAAUCCUUUGCGGCACAGCUAUCCCACAUAUUUGACCAAAGGAAAACGUAGCUACGCUGGGAAUUUCGCCAAAAUUUUGAAAUAUUCAGCCUCCCCGUCAAGAUGAUGUGCGACACAACAAACCGGAGUUUUCGGACGCAGUUAGCCGCCAUCCUUGACAAGCUAACGAAGGCAGCUUUGGUUGAAAUAGGCAACCUGGCUGAUGAGUGCUCCUCCGUCCUUCACACCGAGAUAUCCCUGCACAAGACGGAGAACGAGGCGCUGAAGAAGAGGUGUUACUCGCUGGAGGUCCAGCUGAGAGCAGCGAGGGAGGCGCAGACCUAUCCUGCACAUGUCAACAGUGUCAACCGCCGGCACCCUGCAGCCUCAGCCUGCUCCAGCCAUCGAUGGGGUUUUUGGGAAGGACUGGUGCAUGGACCUUUGGAGAGAAGAGAAACUCCCCUCUCACAGAAAAGAAACAAUGGAGCCUGCUGCUAUGACAAGCAUGGGAGUACAGGCACUAGACUUGAUGGAGAGAGAACCUGAUCUCAUCUUUGUCAAGGAGGAGACUUAUGAUGAUCAUCCCAUUGGCCAACACAUGAGUUUCACAGAUAAUAGAAAAAUUGUUGGGAUUUUUGAGGAGGACAGCUUGCUUCAUAGAUCUGUUGAUGAGCUGCAGCUUCACUCAGGGGAAUUAAGCAACUUCCCCAUGACAGCUGACAGUCAAACACAACAACGCACACAGCCAACAAUUAUGGACAAGUUGAUAGAUGAUGCAACAAUGAGCACUCUGGUUGACAACACAAAUCCUCCUCCAUCCGCCGCCGAGUACCCCGACUAUACGAACGAUAUCCACAUGAACCCAACCAAAGAAGUCACCAUUCAGCCAAAACCCGUGAAGCCGACAAAACAGUUUGAGUGUUUAUUCUGUGGGAAGGUCUUCAACUAUUUGAGCAGUUUAAAAGUCCACAUCAGGCGACACUCUGGUGAGAAGCCGUUCAACUGCGCAGUUUGUGGGAAGCGAUUUGCUCAGAAAACGUACCUGAAGCUGCACCAGCGCGUGCACUCGGGGGAGAAGCCGUACAGCUGUCCAGACUGUGGCAAAAGUUUUUCCCAGAAAAGCUCUCUGAACAUACAUCUUCGAACACAUACCGGUGAAAAGCCUUACAGCUGUGUGGAUUGUGGGAAAUGUUAUGCAUACAAGUACGGUUUAAAUCACCACCAGUGUUUCACUCAGUUUCAGUCAGACAACCACAUGGAGAGCUUGGUUAUUGGUAAGAAGCCUGACUGUGACUAGAAAUGCUUUCAGUGAUGCUUAGAGUAGCUCAACAUGUGCCAAUAUGUCUAUAGGGGGGGAGUGAAAUGUGGAUGAAAAAUGUAGAUUUGAAAUACCCCAUCUAAAUCAAAGAAAAGUUAAUUUUUUAGCCCAUAUUGUUAACAGUGCUGUUGUAAAAAUCUUUGCUUGUUUGGUGUGUUUUUAGUUUUAUUGAUAGGAUAAAUGUUGCAGCAGCCAAAUGAAGGCACAGAGAACAUCUGUCCCUUUUUAACGUACCAUUCGACUGGGUGGGAUUCAGUUUACUUGACUGGUCAGGGGGUCAUUGCCAAAUUGUAGGAUUCCCUCAACAAGCCUUUAAAGUCAAUUUCACAUUAUGCUUGAUAAGUUAAGUGUCAUGGAUCAGAUGAUUGAUCCAAAUUGUGACAAAAAGCACCUCUCAUUUUAUCCAUGCAUGUUAUCAUAUUGUUGGCAUAACAUGUUACACAUACCUCAGUCUCAUAUAUCAGGCCACAAAAAGGCCCGUGUCAAAUAAUGCCAAAAUUACUUUGGACAAGUGCUCCAUUGUUUGCACACGUGUAGCAUAAACCUUAAAGACUACCUCUUCACAGCAGCAUAGAAGUAAAACAACUCCCUCUGUUUGCUUCAUUGCCCAUGUCUCACCUCUGCUCUGCAUUUACCAUAUGCCAUGCCUCAUUUAGUGGCACUUAAUAAGGCAGAAAGUGGGUGGGCCCACUACUUUGAAAAACAUAACUGUUUAAAAGAAAUGUUUAUGUAUGUUGGACACAUAGUAUUUGAAUAAGUUGCAGAAAUUGUAACUCUAAAUGGUGUUACUGUUUUAAAAUGUAUUUGUAUGGCUGCGUCAUUAUUGUAGAAAGACAAGUUGUGUUGUCAGUGUGCAGUCAAGCCAAAGUGUCAGUUUUAUUUCUAAAUGUUAACCAUGUCUGUUGAAGACAUCUUCUAUUUUAUUCUGUACUUUCCUUAAACAAGUCCUCAUCAUAACUGUUAUCACCUAGACAGAGCAAAUUGUUUUAUUUAACCUUUAUUUUUUACCAGGUAAGACAUUAAGAAUAAUUUCUUAUUUACAAUGAUGGCCUGACAAGUGCUAGAAGACUUGAGAGGGGAUAAAGGGGAGGGGACCAGUGCAGUUUGUUACACAAGGGACUGGUUUUACUUGUAAUAUGAUUCCCUUGAAUACACCACACAGACCUCACUAAAGCAACUAUCCGAGGCCAAGAAAGAAAUCUUGUGCUGUUGGAUUUUUUUUUUCACUGACACCUGCAUGCCCCUUACAAAGCCCUGACAGAUGUCAAAGUGGAAUAUUAUAUUCAAGGCAACUUCAAUUUAGAUUAGCCCCCAAAAAAUAAAUAAAUAAAAAAUUAAAGAGUUCUAUAAAUAAAAUUUAAAAUCACAAAGUGAA